CGGUAGCUAUGUAAUUCACCAUACGCGACUCAUGCACGUAGAGAGGCGCUCGGCGAAUUCCGAAGAAAAGCCGAGCGUGUCCGCUCUCCGGACUUCGGAGUUCGGUGUUUCGGUGCGCGCCGUCGCGCGACGACAGUGAGCGAGUCCCGUCAGUCCUACUUCGCACUUGCCGCUCCGUUUUUCGCGACUCCCGGAGUCCGUCAGUGGUGUCGCGCGACAGGAAUGUCUUCUCACGGGCGUCACCCGGACCCGCGGACCACGCGUCGGUCACCAAGUGACCGCGAUCCCCCGGUUUCCGUGGAAAACGCGCGUGUGCUCUGCCCGCGACGAACGACGCUUCUACGUCGCCGCUGAUCCCUGGCCGCGAGACGCGGCCGCCGGCUCGCGCGUCAAAUGGCAAAGUUCUCGCGAAGCCUCACCGAGCCGACGUGAGUCCGGAUUUGGUUCCUCGAGCGACGCAGUUCGGUGCGUCGGUCUGCAGCGUGUCAGCGAGGUGAGCGUCGUUUGCGAUGUAUGAGGGAUUGGUGCUCGUGAGGAUUGCCGGCUCGAUUCAACCGACAUUGUUGCAGAAUGCACUCCGGAGGAGGCGAUGACGAAGCGGGGAGAAGUGGCAUUAGCGGUAGCAGCCAUGUAACGGGGUCGUAAACAGGAUUUGUGAACGUGAGAGGGUAAAAGUUACGCUCUUUAGUCGCCACGUUUGUCGCUGCCGUGCAGAUUCGAGAGCGACGCGGUAUCGUCGCGGGUGCCGCGAUGGAGGACUACACGCCGAUCGACGAGGACUUCCCGGGCCGGUUGCUGCACCAGGCCGCGCUCUGGGACAACGCCGAGCUGCUGGAGGACCUGCUGCGCGGCGAGCACGCCCAGUACAUCAACAGCAAGGACUCCUGGGGCAGGACGCCGAUGCACGCGGCCGCGAUCACGGACAACUCCCGCUGCCUGGACGUCCUGCUGACCGCCGGGGCCGACCCGAACGUCACCUGCGGCCCCCGCGGCCACCACCGCACGCCGUUGCACGUCUGCGCGGAGCACGGCCACGCCGGCAACGUGGAGAAGCUGCUGGGCUUCGACGCGGACCUAAUGAUCCGCGACGACGACGGCCUGCGGCCCCUCGACGUCGCCGAGAAGGGCAACCACGACGCCUGCAUCCACCUGCUGAAGGCGGCGGCCGAGAAGUACGAGCUCGCCAAACAGGCGACACACGCCUCCCUACGCGCCGCCUGUAUCCAGGGUGACACCGUGGCCACCCGGAACAUCAUCCAGGGCCUGUCGACCGAUCUCGAGUGCGUGGUGAACAUGGCGCCGAACGGCGCCAACACGCUGCUCUUCGUCGCCUGCGAGAGCGGCCACAAGGACAUCGUGCGGCUGCUGCUGGAUCACGGCGCCGACUGCAGGAUCCAUCCGGUGACCAAGUACUGUCCGCUCUACAUAGCGUGCUACCACGGCAAGCUGGAGAUCGUCGAGCUGUUGCUGCGGCACUUCCCCAAGCAGGCGCAGCAGUUCACGGUGGAGCGCUGGCUGCCGAUUCACGCGGCGACGAUAAACGGCCAUCACCCGGUGAUCGACGCGCUGCUCAAGUUCGAGUAUCCGCAGCACGUUUAUCAACGCUACAGGGACCCGUCCGGCGAGUUCGAGUACGACCUACCGUUCGACAUUAACGCGCAGGACGUCACCGGACAGCACGCGCUCUACAUAGCCAGCAUGCUGGGCAACGUCAAGUGCGUCGAGCUGCUGCUGGGUUACCGGGUGAAGGCGAGGACGACCAAAGAGGAGGACGGCGUGGGCGGCGCGCAGCAACUGCCGGUGUCGAAGCGCAAGAUCUCCAGUGGCAUUCAGAGGCUGAUGUCGUCGCUCAAUUUCCGCAGCAAGACGCCCACGGACAAGAAGGACGAGAAAAUGAUAUAUCCGGUGAAUCUGGAUCUCUACUGCAACAACGGCUGCGAGACGGCGCUGCACGCGGCCGUCAGGGGCAGGCACACCGAGGUGGUGAACGCUCUCCUUCAGGCGGGCGCUAAUCUCGAGCUGCCUGUCAAAGUCCCGUACGAUCAGAGCGAUCCCGACGGCAACUACUCGAACGUACUGACGAUCGCGUGCCAGAAUCGCGACGUGAAGAUUGCGGAUCUGCUGCUGAAGCACGGCGCCAUCGACAACGAGUGCAAGGCGCUCAAGAUCGCCGCGCAGAAUCGCGACGAGGCGCUGACCGCGAAACUACUGUCGAUCAAGGCGCAUCCGGACUCCGAGUACAAGAUCAACAAGAAGGCGAUGACCGAGUGCACGCAGAGCUCGCACUUCUCCGCACUGUCGUCCUUCGGCCACGUCACCUACUCCGCUCUGUUCCCUAAGACACCCACGAUGAUCAACUGGCACGACCAGCAGUGCCGUCUCUCGCAGAUCCGGCUGCAGUGGUUGAUCGACGCCGUGCUGCACGUCAACAAGAAGCUGAGUCCGAGGAACAACGAUCUGGUGCUGUACGCCAUCACGCGGAUCGACAUCUCCCACAACUCCAUCACCUCCGUACCGUCCAUCAUGUUCUACUUACAGAGCCUGCGGUACCUCAACAUGGCGCAGAACAAGAUCGACGCCCUCACGGCCGACUCGAAGAAUCCCAAGGACAAGCUGUGCCCGGUUCUAGAGGAGAUGUACUUGCAAGACAAUCGACUGGAGCAGCUGCCGGAAUUCAUCAUGAACUUACCGGCGCUUGAGAUCAUGGACGUGUCCAACAACAAGCUGCAGUGUCUGCCGCAGAACCUGUGGCGCGCGCCGAAGUUAAAGGAGCUGAACGCAUCGUUCAAUCUGCUGCGCGAUCUGCCCAGCCAGGCGUCGCAGAACGUCCUGAGGAAACCGCAACGUGGCGACGAGGCGCAGCAGAACGGCACCAACUUCCGCGGACUGGCCGCUGUGCCGCGAAUAGAGUCCAUGGAAUUCGAUUCGUUCGCGAAGAUCGCGAACGCGCAGGUGAUCGAGAUGGAACGACCGCACGUAUGGAUCAGCUCAGUCCAAGUGUCGGAGAGGAUGAGCGACGACACGGAGAACGGCAACAAGUCGGUGCUGGCGUCGUUGAAUCUGGCGCACAACCUUUUCAAUAGCAUUCCCGUGGCGCUGCCGUGUCUGGCGGUGAGCCUGGUGCGGCUGAACAUGGCGUACAACUCGCUGCGCUCGAUGAGCCACAUCACCUCGUAUCCGGCGAGUCUAAAACAACUGGACCUGUCCAACAAUCAGAUCACACGAUGGCCCAGUCUGCCGCAGGUCGACAGUUCCGACAGCAUGGAGCAAGCGAACACGGCCUGCUACUGCCCGACCGCCAACGCGCAAUCGCCGAGCAUCGUGCCCAGCAACCGGCAGACACCCGCGUCGAUGCGCGACAUCGUGUUGCAAUCGGUGUGCGCCCACAGGCGGCAUCUGCGGCUGGAGAACCUGCGCACCCUGAUACUUGCGAACAAUCUGCUCAAUCGCAUCCAACUGACGUCGUGCGACGACGGCGAGAUGCCGUGUUUGGAGGAGGAACGCGGGGAUUCGGACAGAGACCCGAAGAUCGGGCAUCCGGGAUCAAAACUGUACUUGCUCUUUCCCAAUGUCAGUAUGUUGGAUAUCAGCAAUAAUCAACUGCGCGAGAUACCGCACAACAUCUACGAGCUGAGUAAUCUGUCGGUGCUGAAUAUCAGCGGCAACUACGAAAUCGUCGAGCUGCCGCCGCAGAUGGGUUUGCUGGGUCGUCUGUGGAACUUGAACACUCAAGGCUGCCGGUUACAGGAGCCGCUCAAGUCGAUGAUCGAGUCGAAGAAAUACAAGACCAUGGACGUGAUCGGUUACCUCAAGUCGAUCCUGGAGGACGCGAAGGCGUACGCGCGCAUGAAACUGAUGAUCGUCGGUAUUCAGGGGAUCGGCAAGACGAGUCUGCUGGAGCAGCUGCGGCAGGAGGGCGAGGUGCCGAGCAAGAAGAAGUCGUCGGAACAUUGGGCCAAGCGGAUGGGCAACAAGAACAUCAACGCGAAGACCGCCAAGGGUACGACCAUUUCGACCGUGGGCGUGGACAUUGGCGAUUGGAUUUACGAGAAGAAAGUCCGCGGACAAUCGUCCCACGGGUCGGUCUACUUCAGAACCUGGGACUUUGGCGGUCAGCGCGAGUACUACGCGACGCAUCAGUAUUUCCUGUCGAAGCGCAGUCUGUAUCUGGUCGUGUGGCGGAUCACGGACGGCUUCAAAGGCGUCUCCGAGAUCUUUCAGUGGCUGGUGAACAUUCAGAGCAGAGCGCCUAACUCGCCGGUCAUCAUCGUCGGCACGCAUUACGACGUUGCCUAUGAGCACAGCGAGAGCCUGCAACAGUACAUUCGCGAUAAAUUCAUCAACGUGGUCGACGCCGAGAAGUGCGGUCUGCCCAAAGUCAUGGAGACGAUCGAGGUGAGCUGCAAGACGCGUCACAACAUCAAGAUGCUGUGCAACCUCGUCUACGACGUAGUCUUCAGUUUGAGGUCGCCCGGCAGUAAGGAACUGUUACUGGAGCAGAAGGUCCCGGCGAGUUACCUAGCGCUGGAAGACGUGGUGAUCCAAUUGGCGCACGACAGAAAGCUAUCCGGCCUGGACCCGGUGCUAAAAGCCGACCAGUACUACGCAGCCGUCAAUAACGAGCUUCAAAAGCUACACAGAUCCUUCAGAGAUCCCGCCGAGUUGCACCAGGCGACGUUGUUCCUUCACGAGAACGGUAUAAUCUUGCACUAUGACGAUGCCACUUUGAAAGACCUCUAUUUCUUAGACCCGCAAUGGCUCUGCGACAUGCUGGCCCACGUGGUCACCAUACGAGAGAUCAAUCCGUUCGCCAGAUCGGGAAUAAUGAAACUGGACGAUAUCCAACACGUAUUCAAGUCCUCCACGAUAUCGUCGAUUGACACCCAAGGCUACAUUGUUAGCUUGCUCAACAAGUUCGAGGUUGCUCUGACGUGGGACUGCCGCACGCUGUUGAUACCGUCCCUCUUACCGACCGAGGAGGAUAUUCUGCGCAAUAAUCAGAUCAUCAAGGUACCGGUGAAGACGCGCGGUUGGCACGUACGUGCCAAGAAGAUCACGUCGCCUACAUUUGCGUGCCUGGGUGGACCAACCAGCGACAAUAAAAAUAACGCUGAAUGCGUGCUCACAUCGAGAUCCCAACCCGACUGCUCCGUUACCAGACUGUUGCUCAUGUCGUAUUUUCCCAGCGGCUUUUGGUCCCGACUGAUCACCCGGAUCCUCGCGGACGACGCUAUCGUCGAUAUCGUCAUGUCGUUCCUGGCGCCGUUCAAGGACUUCGUCGACGACAACAUUUUCGCCAGUCUACUGGAUCUACAGGCUGAGUGGGUGCUCUGGCAGACGGGGAUCGAGCUGCGAUACUCCGGCAUCACGUUGCUACGUUUGAAGGAAGUCUGUUACAAUCUGAAGAACUCGCCGUACGAUUACAGGCAGUUUAAGUUCAAGUUGAAACAAGACGGUAUUUGGUGCACGGUGGACCUAAAGAAUUCUGCUAUUUUAGAGAUUUGGUUCCCGGUGGAUACCCUGGUGAUCAAGCAGCCCAUCAUGUCCGAUUCCGUGGACGAGGAGCCGAUGGGCUACCAAGCGAUUGUGGUGGAGCCACGGCCCGAGAGCAUGCCGCAGUUAAUGGCGCUGAUCGUCGAUCACAUCGACAUCCUGCUGGAAGACUGGUACCCGACACUGGGCACACGUUUCGUCCACACGUCGGAGGGUAAAUUACUGGUCACAAGGUUGAUACCGUGUCCGCGCUGCUUGCUCGGCAACACCGAGAACGGCGACGGCGAGUCGAGCGACAGCGAUGGCCGUCUGAUCGAGGACAUCCAGAAGUACUGCGCCGUAAAUCGCACCGAGAGACAGAGCCAGGACAGUUACAAGUCCGACGGCGACAGUGGCGUCGGUUACGACAGUCUGACGUCCAGCAGAAUGCCGUCGCUCGAGGGACACCCGGACGUGUCGAAGCAGCAGAGUUCCUCGCAUUCCGAAAACACUCUCGUGUAUUCCUGGAUGGUGGAGGAGUGCAUAUUGGCGGCGUACAGCAGCAAGCCUAUCGGCUGCCCGAGGCAUUCGGAGAUCCCGCUGUCGCACGUCGCGCCAGAUAUCAUCUUCAUGGAUCUCGGCGCCAAGCACCUGAUCAAGUCGGAGGACUUGAAGCGGGGCAAGUUGCUGGGCCGCGGCGCCUUCGGCUUCGUCUUCCGCGGCAACUGCCGGCUGCCCGGCACGCACGUCCGCGCCGACGUGGCCAUCAAGAUGUUGCAACCAGUCUCGCCGGGCCCGAACUCCACGCAGUCUGCGAUCCUCGCGUACAAGGCGUCACAGAGCAAGUGGGACCGCGACCCGUUGCAGUAUGCCUGCAAGGCGUAUUGCAUGGCGCGUCAGGAGCUCAAUAUCUUGCUGACGCUCAGGCACGCCAAUAUCGUGCCCCUGAUCGGUAUAGUCGUCAGUCCUUUAGCUCUCGUGCUGGAUCUAGCGCCUCAGGGCGCGCUGGACGCCGUCCUGAAGAACUAUCGUCGCUCCGGGGCCAAGCUAGAUCCCUACACUCUUCAGGCAAUAAUCCUUCAGGUCGCCAAGGCGGUGGAGUACCUGCACCAGCAGCACGUUAUCUACCGCGACCUCAAAUCUGAGAACGUGCUGGUGUGGCAGAUGCCGUUGCCGUUUCAGGAGAGUCCAGAACCGGCGCACGUCAAGGUCGCCGAUUACGGUAUCUCGAGGCUGACGCUGCCUACGGGAGCGAAGGGUUUCGGUGGUACAGAGGGCUUCAUGGCGCCUGAAAUCAUCAGAUACAACGGCGAGGAGGAGUACACAGAGAAGGUGGACUCGUUCUCGUUCGGCAUGUUCAUCUACGAGCUCGUCACGCUGCGCCAACCGUUCGAGGGUCACGAGGCGGUGAAGGAAUGCAUCCUGGAGGGCGGCAGACCACCGCUCAUGUACCGAGAGACUUUCCAUCCGUGCUACGCGCUCGACUUGAUGGUGAUCUGCUGGGCGCAGAACCCGAAGGACCGGCCGACUGCCAGUCAGAUCGUCUCGAUCGCCUCCGCACCCGAGUUCACGCAUCUGAUAGACGUAACCCUGUUGACGGAACGCACGCAGGUGACGGCGGUGACCAUGACCAAUCAUUAUGGUAACAGCGGGCAGAACGACGCGACGGAGGGUCUCAACGGUGACGAGAUCUGGUUCGGACACAAUAACGGCGAGGUGGAUAUGCUGUUGGGCACUCAGAAGGGCUGGCUGCGCCACGUGCGCAUCGAGACACCGGUGAUACCGUAUGCCAUGUGCGGCGUGGACGGCUACAUCUGGAUCGGCGACAACGCCGGCCAGGUGCACGUCUAUCUGUGCGGCAACUUCGGCUGCGUGGCCAGCCACAGUCUGGAGGCGGAUCACAGCAGGGAGUCCAAAGUGGUCGGGCUGAUCCAUCUGGAGCAGCUGAAGCAGUUCGCCAUAGCCCUGCACAGCGGCCGGAUCUUUUUGCUGUCCAACUCGUUCACGCAGAUGAGGAAGACGGAGGUCACCGGCAACGGUGGCACGGAAACGGCGCGCAACGGCGCCGACGUCAAGACCUACUCGCUUGCCGCGGUCUGCCGGAAGAGACGCGUGCUGGAGCUCUGGGCGGGCCAGAGCUACGGCCGGAUAUCCGUUUACACGUUGAAGGACGGCAAUCUGAUCGACACGACGCAGCUGUCUCACUGCACCGGGACUGCCAACGAAGCCGCAAUGAGGAAUCUCUUCGCUACGUAUCUGAUCGGCGCGGCGACCGAAAGCUUCGUCUUCUCGUAUACGUAUCCGGGCUGCGUGGUGUACCAGUGGGACGUGGAUAGCCGGCAGAUCGUCAAUAAGCUCGAUAUGUCCAAGCUGGUACCGUGCUCCGAGAGUCUCAAGUCCAUCGCCAUCGAGGAGAAUCUGUCGACGGAGAAGUGUCAGGUGACCGCGCUUGAGGCCAGCGGCGGCCAGCUAUACAUCGGCACCACCUGGGGUUGCAUCGUCGUCGCCGAGUGCGGCACCCUACGUCCCGUCACCGUGUUCCGGCCGUUCGAGGGCAAGGUCUGCCAGAUCAUCACUCUCAGGUCCACCGACAAGAAGAGGGCGGUGCUGGCGACCGUCGGCCAGGGAUAUCGCAGCCUGAUCGCGCGGUACACCGACUUCCCCAUAAAGAGUCUGGAGAACGAGGAGCUCAGGCACGGCAUGUACACCCUGCUGUGGCGAUCGGAGAACUGGUCGGCAGCUUGAUUCUCCCGGAGAUCGUAAGAUCUCCCGUGUCCUCAGGUGCAUUUGGCAAACCGUAUUUUUUUUUAGCGUUUGACAUUACCUCGUACGAAGAUGACGAUACAAAUAAGCAACAUUUAAUGCCGAAUGCGCAGUGAGAAGCUGGACCUAGUCCAGUCCAGUGUCCUUUCAAUGAAUGCCGGUAGAAGGAAAUUUUCGUCGUAAUGAGAUUCGGUGCCAAUAUAAGAGAUGUUACAAUUCGAUGUGACAAAAUUUCGAAGAGUACAUUGUGAUGGAAUUCUCUUCUUCGGCAGCAUAGUACCGGAAGUGCUUAAGUGGUGCGAAGUUCAACUGAGCGAUGUGUGCGCUCAGUGAAUCUUAUACGUCCAAUAGUAUAGUACCUAGCACGUAAAGGAUUGAUUACGCUAAUAAGCGUGCUUGACGCUCGGGAAUAGAAAUCGCCCUCGAAAAAAAAAGAAGAAAUUGGAAGAGCGAACGACAUCGCAGGUGUCUCGCAGUGCUCCCGCGUGCACGCUUAUUAACGAACACCCUGUAAUAAUGAACACAGGCUGUAAACUGAUGCUCUUUCGUUCGUCCAAGUUACAGCAUUACCAAGUAAUAAGAAAAACAUUCUUAUUUUGUAUAAAACUAAGUCCUAAGCAAAUAGUCUAACGGUAUUUUAACGUAUGUUUUCGCUUGUAUAAUCGAACCUUACGAGAGUCACGCUAUUUAAGUAUUUAUGUAACGGCAGGAGAGGAAUAUUAAAUGCAAAUCUCUGUCUCGUCACCGCGUGACAGAGGGACAUGGGGAAGGGAGGACACUUUUCGGAUAUUCUCAACUGAUAUUAACUGAGCUGUUUUAGAUAUCAAAGAGCUAUUUUUAGCACCAUCAAUUACCUUUUAUAAUAUUGUUAAUGUUAAGAUUUCGAUAAGUUUUACUGCUGACGCUAAUCUCGGAGACGAUAUAGAUAUACGAUUUCUAGGCCACACUCGCGCAUCUUUCUGUACGAUUCAGUUACAACACGUCCAAAGUGAUAUCUUUCGGACGGAUACCGCGAGUUUUACCGAGAUUUAAGUCUAAUCGAACCGAAGGUUGUGGGACACGAUGUUUAAAUAUGUUAGAAUUAACUUAUUACAAUGUAACACUGGGAAGAUACAAGACCACACGUACACGUUACAAGUAUUCUUGCUCAAUGAAAUCAUUCAAUUUCGAUCCAUUAUUUAAUUGCACAGAAACGAUCAGUGUAUCCCAAGUGUAAUCGAUGUGAUAUGAAAUACUCAGCGAAGGAGAACGUAAAAUGUUGUCACAAAACUGUUAUAUUAUUUUUAAUUAUGACGCUCCUUAAUUGCGCUUAACGACGAGAAACCCUUUGCUAGAAAUUUUAUUUUACUCGGCAGAUAUUCCUUCUCGACGUGCUAAGCGUCUCUCGGGACUUUUCAUUGCAGCAUUUAUAUAAAGCAAUAAAAUGAAAAGUAACGACGUAACACAACUUGCACAUUUCAAUUCGCUGGUAAACGCAUUUAAGCAAGAAGCGACACUCGAGGCUAGGAAACGUAAUGCGCUCUCGGUUGAGAGUAUUUUCAAUUAUGUAACACAAUACGUACUUUCGACUAUUAUGUUCUCGGAUCGGUGCGUUCGGUGCAGCUAUGUCUUUAGUUUGCAAGUAGUGCGUUUUAUAUUUAUUUUUUUAAUUACUCGUACCUGCAGCGCGCACGAAGCAAACCACCAGUGACAUUAUACGCAGCUUGUAUCCCCUUUUUCCCCCCCAACACCACUGUUGUAAAAGAGCCAGAAAUUACGUAUUCGAUUUAUUAAUUAAGUAUUCGCCCUGGAUUAUGGCGGACGAUUAGUGUCGCAACCAAACGAGAAAUUAUUGCGAUCGAGAAUUUUUUCGCGAUUGAUCUCCGCACGUCAAGUGCAUCGUCGUACAUUCGCGUUUACCCGCACUCAUCGACAUAAGUUAUAACUUUGCAGGAACUCAUUGUUAUUUAAUGUAUUGAUUGUCACGAAAUAUAAACACUGUUGUUGAACAA